AUGCUCACCGUCCUGCCCCUCAUUCUCCUGGCACCCUGUCAAAACAUAGAAACUUGCUUUGAAGGCGGCUUGUUCGACGCCGUCGGCGGCGUGGGAUUCGGCAUCACUCAGCAGAUUUUUAUUUCCGGUCUCACUAUUUUGCGAAACCGUGGUAUAUGGCUUUCUCUCCCAGAAACAAUCAGCGCUAUUCCAACGCCGUAUUUGGGCACAAUCGUUGCACAGGGUUUCCUAGACCACUCAACCUGGCGAUGGGGCUACGGCAUGUGGGCCAUUAUGGUACCGGUCGUCGCACUCCCGCUACUUUUGACUUUGUUUGUUCGCAAACGCAAGGAUAAAGGUCGAUUAGAAAGUAGGGCGCGUCCCAGAAUCUUACAAGACAUCCAGUCCAGCGCCUCUGUUUGGGUCAAUAGCUAUAAAAUCGUUUGGGUGGAGCUUGAUAUUCUCGGAUGUCUCCUUCUGAUUGGUGGUUUAUCACUGAUCUUGAUUCCUAUGUCCCUGACUGGAUCGCAAAAUAGCACUUCGUGGGGCAUGGGAAGCUUCAUUAGAAUGGUCGUGGUUGGAGUUGUGCUAUUUCUGCUCUUCUUCGUCUGGAACUCCUUUCCGGCGUGUCAGACACAGGACCGUCGCAGCUGCUUGCGGGAUUUUAUGCAUUACUCCUUGUCUUCUGUAUUUAUUCCCAGCUACCUGAAAGUUGCAGGUGGUUUCUCUACUGGACAUGCGACUAGAAUUGAGUUGGUACCUUACGUUCGUAUUGGUUUUCUCCAAACUGUCCAGUUUAACUAUCCUUUAUUUUUCAGCAACUCCUUGGGCGUAUCUUUCCAGAUCUCAUCUAUGGUUGAUGCUCUUCUAACGAACUAUUUCAAAAGGGCAAAACCAUGGGUCUUGGCUGGUGUUCCGCUUUGUGUACCGGGACAGGGCCUUCAAAUCUACCUCGUCAAUAUGCGUGGAGCUGGCGUCGCAAAUGAGGCAUCUUUCAUCGCCGCAAAGACGCUAGUCGGAGUUUGCAGAGGGCUCUAUCAGACUGCAGUCCAGGUUUGCAUCCAGGCGGUGGUUGACCGGGAUGGCAUCGCUGUCGGUGUAGGAAUGGUUUUUGCGAGCAUGAAUCUUGGUGGUGGUAUUGGAACAAGGUACAUAACUUUCCAACCGUGA